GGAAAAAAAAAAAAGUUUCUUUUAAUUUCCUUUCUUUACCGAAUCAUAUUCUCUGAGGAACGAAACCCUCGCCUGUCUACUAAGGGGGCAAUGCCUCGAUACUGGAUAGUUUUCGGCAGAUAACAGAAGUAAUUGUAGGGAAUGGGAGGCUGCUGCUGUUCUUCCAGAAAAGCUCAGUUGCAUGGUGCACCUGUAUAUUAUUAUUGCCCACCAGCCUUGGAAGAGCACGAGGCUUUAACAUCCCAUAACGGAGUCGGGUCUGAACUCACUGCGGGAUUCCUGGUUCAUUUGGAUCUUGACACAUCGACGCCUGAUACUUACCAACCCCCUCCUGCACCUUUGCCAUAUGAUGUGGUCUUCGGUUGUCGAGGGUCAACGGAUUCUGGGUCCUCUAGAGAAGAAGCAAUCAGCUGUAGUAGUUUUAAAACCUCAGCUGCUUGUGUAGAACUCGAGGAAUCAGAUUGCAAAGCUCAUGGAAAUUCUUUGGAUGUCUUACCGAAGACGUUGGAACUCGCAAAACCAUGCGAACUUAACGUUUUACCUAAAGAAGAAGAGGAUGUUUGCCCCAUUUGUCUUGAAGAGUACGACACUGAGAAUCCGAAAUAUGUUAUAAAAUGUGAACAUUACUUUCACCUGUCAUGCAUUCUUGAGUGGGUGGAAAGAAGCGACGCCUGCCCCAUUUGUGAUCAGGAAAUGGUUUUUGACCAGACCGCCAAUUAGUGCCUCUGUAAAUACGUUGUCCAAAUGGAAAUUUAUUUGUUGUUUGAAACUAGAAAACUCCAACUCGAUGGCCAGCGUUUGGAACCUGCAUAUCGCUAAACUUUAGUUGCUUUUGUCAUUCAGUCCUCGGUUGAAAGAAAUCAAGUUCACAAGUAAAUGAUGGUACAGUUUGCCGGUUAUUCAUUUUUCUUUGCAAUGUUCAGAAGUUGACGGUUGGUUUUCUCAAUUGUAUCCAAAGAUUCUAAAUGGAGAAUUUGGAGAAUGAAAACUCGGGAAUUCUCUAAAGGUGGAAGUGCCGAUCAACGCGUCUUCCAAGUCUGCGUUUCUCCUGUACAUACCUUCUUUUUGUUUCUCAUUGAAUGUCACAAUUUAAUUUGUACCCUGGUAUUGUAAAUUGCAUAUCUCGUUACAUUGGAAUUGAUUUGGACAGCAUUGGUUGGUGUAUGAAAAGAUUGAAAUGAUCAAUAUGC